UUUGAAAUGUUUAUGUAAACAAAAAUAUGGCAUUUGUAAAUAUCGAUAUGAGAGAUAAAUUGCAUUUAUAAAUUUACUUAGGAAGAUUACAAAUAUAUUAAAGAAAUUUUUAUACAAAAAAACAACAGAUGAUCAUACAGGAUAGGAUUUUGCAGCUGCCAUUUCGAACUAGCUUUUUUGCUUACUCAGCAAACCUGUGUAGAAGAUUGGUUUUCAUUUUGUUCUUAGUUUUCUCUUAUCAUUUUAUAUUUACACAACAUUAGUUCUUGAGCGUUUCCUUAUUGACGCGGACUUUGAUGUCAUGCAGGUUUUCAAUUCUGAAUGAUUUUUGUAGGCAAUAAUAAAUAAUGGACCCGUCAAUAAUUUCAUCGCAAGAAGAAUCGCAUUCCAACAAACAAGUUUGCUUCGGAUGCGAGUUAACGAUAGAUGACCGAUAUCUAUCGAAUGUAAUCGAUAAAUUAUGGCACGAUCGUUGCAUUCGUUGUUGUGAAUGUCAAGUGCAGCUAAGAGAGAAAUGCUUCUCGCGAAAUUCGAAACUGUACUGCAAACAACAUUUUCACAGAACAUUCGGUGUUAGAUGCGCGGGUUGCGAGGAAGGAAUUUAUCCAAGUGACUUAGUACGAAGAAUCGCGUCAAAGAUUUUCCAUAUUUCAUGUCUAAAAUGUGGACAUUGUCAGAAAGAAGUUUCUACCGGAGACCAAAUCUAUGUUAUGCAGGAUGGGUUUUUUGUUUGUAAAACUGAUUACGAAAAUAUGAAAGUUGGUAACAAGACAGAUAAAGAAAAAUCUCCAACGUCCAUAAAACAAGACCACGAAACUGAUAUUGACGAAAAGCCGCCGUCCAUAUCUUCAGCAAAUGGAGAAGUUCAUUCAGAUGACGAAGAUGACGCAAACAAGCGAAGAGGUCCGAGAACGACUAUCAAGGCUACACAGCUGGAGAUAUUAAAGUCUGCCUUUGUCACAACACCCAAACCUUCGAGACACAUACGUGAACAACUUGCACAAGAAACUGGUUUAACAAUGCGAGUCAUUCAAGUAUGGUUUCAAAACAGAAGAUCAAAAGAAAGAAGGGUAAAGCAACUGCCACCACAUGACAUGCGCAGAAAUUUUGGACAAAAUGGAACAGAGAAAGGGUCAUCAGCACCAAUGAUGGAAGAUUUUGUUCAACGAAGUUAUCCGUAUGACCAUUUUAAUAAUAACAGUAACAGCAGCAAUGGCAACAACAAUAACAACAACAACAACAACAACAACAAUUUACCAUUAAGUUUGCCUUCUGACGAAGCGCAAACAGUUUUACUAAAAUCAAAAUAUAAUGGAGAUAAUGCUAGCUUUAAUAUGAUGGAGACUUUUAUUUCCCAACUGCAACCAGGUUUCAACUCCUUCAACAAUAUGGCUAAUUUUACGCCUCCAGUGAUACCGAGUUAUGAAAGUCAUUAAGAGUCUUACCUAUGUGUGGAUAGUUGCAAGUUUUGAAUUAAGAUGACAAUGAUAGUGGUGGAAAGUUACAGAUGAGUGAUCACUGGGCGAUGUAAAUCUUGGAAAUUGGGUGUUUAUUUAUAAAAGUUAAGAGUAAAUAAGUAAAUUUAAAAAAACGAUUAGGUUACACUUUCUUGUUAACAAAGUCAUUAUAAUUAGUAACAAUUUUAGUUACGUGGAAAGUAUCGAAAAAUAUGACGUUUGAAAUGUCUAUUCUGUAAUUAGUAGGAACUUGUUUUAAGUGAUACUUGGGUUUUUUCUAAUUAGAUUCCGACAGUAUCAAAAUCAACAACAACAAAAAGUAAAUGUAAAUAAUUAUUUUUGUUUUAAAUUUUUUUUUUAGAAUGAAUCAGGUUUUUUGCUUGGGUGUUCAGUUUUGACCUUUGCUACUGGGUUGACGAAAGGGGCGCUAAAUUGAUGUCUUACGACAAAUAGAAGCAUAGUCGCGCAGAAAGAAAAAAAAGUAGUCGCAGUUGCAGGGUGCAUUGUUUGGAAACUAAAAUUUUCAUCACAGUUUUUAAUUACUAACGUCAACUGCGUGCGAUUUUUUUUCAAUUUUGUUUGAAAUGCAUGAUGGGUAAAAUAUUUUUUUUUUAAAUGUACAUACACGUUGUAAAUACACGAAUUUUUAUUUAAAUCGAGAUUUGAAAAAUGAUUUUUUUUGUUUUGUUGUAUAUUUCACUUUAGUAAGAAAUCGAAAAGAAAAUAUUA